UUGUCAUGGUAACUGGUUUUAUUCAGGCGCAAAAGAAAAUUUGUUAUGCUUUUACUUCCUUUCGUCUUCUGUUUGAUUAAAUCCAAUUACAUUUUAAUAAUAAUUUCGUAUAAUGAGCAAGAUUACACUCGUGCGGUUAGAUGGAGACGCGAAACAUGAAGUUGAUAUUCCGGUUGGUGAGACUAUAAUCGGUCGCGGACCAGUGAUGCAAUGCACUGAUAAAAGAGUGUCCCGAACACAUGCCCAGAUUAAAGUUUCAGAGGAUGGAAAAAUCGAACUUACUUCUACAAGCCUCAAUCCAUGUUAUUACAACGAUGAGAAAGUGAUAACGAAAUCUUCUUCUGUGGAGCUGAAGAUAGGCGACAGAUUUUCCUUUCUACCAGACAGCUACUGCUACUGUGUAAAAGUUAGUUCACCUAAUGGUUCCCCAUCUGAAGAAGGCACUUCUAGUAAUGACAAUAUAAAUAAUGGUGCCAACACUGAGGAGAAGUCAUUUAAAGUAGAAGAAACGGGUGUGCCAUCUGUAAAUGAAGAAUCUUUGUGUACCAUUACAGUUACACCUGCAGCUGACGAUCCCAGUGGAGAAAUGUCUGUGGCGCUUGCCGGUGUUAGUAGUACUGCGGACCUGAGUGGUGAAUUGCCAGAUCCGGAUGUACUGAGUGACAACACGAAGAAUGGCCCUAGUGACGCAUCUCCCAUGUCUGCUAGCAAGUAUGUGCCAAAGUGGUUGUUAGCGGCAACCGAGCGGGCCAAGCGGAGGAUAGAAGAGCUCUCCGGUGAAGAAUCGGGGACUGAGAAGGUGCGUGGAGUGGCGGUGGCGGAAGAGAAGAGCCCGGCACGGGACACCGAUGCCAAUGUCGAUAGGGACAGCGGGGUGGCGGACACGGGGGCUCGUGAGGAUGUGACACCCACCUCGGCCAUCCACCAGAUGAGCGACGAUGGUGAUUCCGAAGGGCCGGCCACGGAGAAGCCGUCGGAAGAGGAGCCUAUACAGAGGCAGCCGUCACCGAGGCCAGUGAAGGAUUUGGAACGAGUGGGUGGAGGCACAGAAGAGAAGCAGCAAAGUGGAGACGGGCAGGGUGCCACGUCCAACUACAUUCGUGACCCUUCGCCUGUCCAAACCUCAGUUCGAGUCCCCUGCAAAUACGGGAGUGCUUGUUACAGGAAAAACCCUCAGCAUUUCGCCGAGUUCAGCCACCCUGGCGAUCCUGAUUAUAAAGAUGACCGGCCAGAAUGUCGUUACGGAACAGAAUGCUACACAAAAAAUCCACUCCACAGACAGACCUACAAGCAUACAAAGAAGCCACCAAAGAAGAGGCAGAGGGUGAAGAAAGGCGCUCCAAAAGAUGCCGAUGAGAAUUCAGAAGAAGAUGAAUACGACUAUGACGACCCAUUCUUGAAUGAUGCCAGCUCAGACGAUUACGAACCUACCGAUUCCGGUUCCGAUGUCUCCGCAUCCGAGGGUGAAGAAGAGCAGGAUUUGAAGAGAAUGGAAAAGGAGGCUAAGAGGUUUGUCCGAGGCAAGCGGAAACACUGAAACUGUUUAAUUUGCUAGAGUACAAAUUUUUACCAUCUGUUAUUUACCGUGUCAGAAAUUGUCUUGUAUAGAAAGAGUGCUUCGUCAAACAGUUUUGUCAUGUCUUUUGUAGUACAAACUUGUAUUGAUAUUUUGUCUAAGAUAAUAUUUGCAAUUAUAUAUUUUUA